UAACAUUUGUAAGUUGUAACAUUAACCAAUAAAAUAAACAUUGCAAUUUUCCAGUGUCCGUGAUCAAUCGUUCGACGUUUUGAAUAAAACAAUUUUUUUAACACAAGUUAAUCAAAUUGUUAAAACAUUGACAUGACAGAUUCAAGCGGUGAUGACUUGGAUACGUCAAACGAAUGGGUGUUUUACAAAGACAGACCAGAAUGGGCGGAUGUUGUACCUAUUCAGCAGGAGGAAGGACCCUCGCCGGUUGUCAGCAUACGAUAUUCCGAUAAAUUUAAGGAUAUUUACGAUUAUGUCAGGGCUAUAAUGAAAAAAAAUGAAUAUUCCGAAAGAGCUUUCAACCUAACAACAGAUGCUCUAAAAAUGAAUCCAGCCAACUAUUCCGUGUGGCAGUACAGGAGAAUCCUCUUAAAAGAGUUAGAAAAAGAUCUGUACAAAGAGUUAGAGUAUUUAGAAGAUGUGAUAAUGCGCAAUCCAAAAAAUUACCAAGUUUGGCAUCAUAGGAUGAUUAUUGUUGAAUGGUUAUCAGACCCUUCACAAGAAUUUGAGUUUUUAAAACGUGCCAUGUCUCAGGAUGCAAAGAAUUAUCAUGCUUGGAAGCAUAGACAGUGGCUCCUUAAAACAUUUAACUUAUUUGAUAAUGAAUUGGAAUAUACAGAGCAACUUAUUGAAAAGGACAUUAGAAACAAUUCAGCAUGGAAUCAGAGAUAUUUUGUCUUAAAUUAUACUUCAAAAUUAAAUGACCGGGAUGCGCUUUUAAAAGAAAUUAAGUUUACCAUGGAUGCUAUUUUGCAAGCUACUCUCAAUGAAAGUUCCUGGAAUUUUCUAAGAGGUGUUUUAAUACAUAUGGAAAAGGGUCUCCUGGAGCCAGAGGUAUUAAAGUUUUGUUGGAGCCUGUAUGAUAGAGGAAAUAGAUCGCCUCAUCUUCUUGGUUAUUUGGUCGAUGCAUGCGCUGAAGCUGUAGAUGUUAAAUUCAGCUCUGAUCCUAGAUGUAGUAUUGAAAAAGGAGUAGAGCUUUGCAAAGAAUUAGGCGAGAAGCAGGAUACAAUUAGAGUCAAGUAUUGGAAUUAUAUGAUUGAUGUGCUGGACGCUAAAAGAAAAAACAAACUUAUAUCUGACGAUAUUGAUACUGAGAAGCAAGAAGAAAUGCAAGAGACAUCUGUUUAAAAUAAUAAGAUACUUGUAAUAAUUAACUAUUGUAAAAUUUGUAAACAAU